GUUAAAAUUGUUUUAUUCAGAAUGGAUUUAUUCCACCUAGGUAGUGCACCAUGUGAUUUGAAUAACUCCCUCUGCUGCUCUCUAGCUUUUGCAGCAACAAAACUAGAGUUCUGUGGACAAGUUGCAUCAAAGUCAACAGGUUGUAAAACAAAGCCGGGGCUGACACCCCUCUUUGCGCUUGGCCUUGGUACGAUCCCUGCCCCCUCCAGAACUGGAGACUCACCUCGAUGUUGCUAGAACAUCCAUUUCCAUCAAGGGAGGGGGGAAGUACACGAUUGUGGGAUUAUCCAACCCCAGCAGUAUAAAGAGUAGUUUAAUCUGUACAGUAGAGAGCGAUUUAUUUCCAAGUAGCAGCACAGUGCUCCUUUUGUUGUCCUCUUUUUUUUUUUUUUUACCCGUCUCUGUACUAGUGUAAGUCCUGAGAGGACAGAACACAGACGGUUUCACAGCUGGAGAAAGGAAAGCAGCCUGGAGAUCACCGCUGGAGACCAUGACACUGGGAAAGGGUGUGCCAUUCCUAGCCUAGAAUCCUGUGCUUCCGGGAUAGACUCUGGGCCACCGCAACCCUGACGUGGACAAGUGGUUGCUGAAAGAAAGCCAGUGAGUCUGUGUUGCUGUGGAAAACAAGACGAUGGGUGGCAUGCAGGGAGGCGCAAAGACAGCAGCCCCACCAUCCUAUGAGGAGGCUACUGCAGGUAGUGGCCCAUGUUAUGGUGGCGGUUACCUCGAUGGGGGGGACAUGCCAACAGAGUUUGGCUGGGAUGACAGAAACAUUCGGCGUGUCUUCAUUCGCAAGGUCUAUGCCAUCUUGAUGACGCAGCUCUUCAUCACACUGGCCAUCGUUGCUGUGUUCACCUUUUGUGAUCCAGUAAAGGUGUAUAUUCAAGCGAACCCUGUCUGGUAUUGGAUUUCUUACGCAGUGUUUUUCUUCACGUACUUGACGCUGUCUUGCUGUACUAGACCCAGACGACAGUUUCCAUGGAAUCUCAUCCUCCUGACCAUUUUUACUCUGUCUCUCUCCUAUAUCACAGGGAUGCUCUCCAGCUUUUAUAAUACUAAGUCUGUGAUGAUCUGUUUGGGUAUCACUGCCUUGGUGUGUCUGUCAGUAACCAUCUUCAGUUUCCAGACAAAGAUUGACGUGACAUCAUGCCAAGGGGUGCUUUUCAUUUUGGUCAUGGUUCUGUUGUAUUGUGGACUGUUCCUCAUUAUUCUCCUGCCCUUCGGCUACGUGCCAUGGUUACAUGCUGUCUAUGCUGCCCUGGGGGCAGUAGUAUUUACCAUGUUCUUGGCAUUUGAUACUCAGCUACUAAUGGGCAACAGACGCUAUGCCAUGAGUCCAGAGGAAUACAUUUUUGCUGCGCUUAACAUCUACCUAGACAUUGUCUACAUCUUCUCCUUCUUCUUGCAACUCUUUGGAUCAGAGCAGGAAUGACAGUGCACAGAGACCUCUGUUCACCCACUAAUAAUCCUGCUUGUCAGUCACCUUCCUCCCCCUAUCUGACAUUUGCUCAUUCGUGUCUUCUCAGUCAAGCAGACCAGUCACGGCUGUAUCUGAAUGUAUUUAUUGUCAUGAGGUUAACUGCUAUGCGUAAAAUAAUUUCCAGUUCUAAUAAGUUUUGUCCCUGAGAAUGAAGUACAUUCCAUGCACAGCAUGAUAAAAACAAGCCUGGAGCAAGAGCCUGGUGGAGAUGGCAUGAAUAUUUUCAAAAAACAGAAUGGUUUUACAGCAUCAGAUGCUGGCUUCCACAGAGAAUCAAAUAAUAUCAAAUUAUAUCUCAAUAACAGCAUGUAGUCCAUGUGCUUCUCAUAUACAAAAUUCAUUUCUGCUAGACAUAGAACUUUUAUUAUGAAAAAAAAUAUUGCCUCCAGAGGAAGGAGCUGUGAUUUAUUAACAAAUGCUUUAGAUUUUAGGCAUUCUCAUAAUGACAAACGGAAAUUGGGAACGCAAAAGAAGAUUCAGAAGGUACAUUGAAUGUAUGCUCAUGCUGUUCUUCUGAACUUUUGCUGCACCAUACAUUUUAGAUGUGCUGGACUGACGUGUCAUUUCCAUGCAAUCAGUUUGAGCGGCAUGAUAAUACAUCAGCAAUAUAUGAUAAUGCUGAUAAUGUACAGUGUGAUCCUAAUUCAGGCAGUACAUGAUGUGAUUAGUCAUAGCUUAUUUUGUGCAUUAGUUUAUAUGCAGUGUGUGUGUGUGUGUGUGUGUGUGUGUGUGUGUGUAUACACAUAUAUAUUCAUACAUAUAUGGCCUUGCUUUGCUACCGUCAACACAUUUUUAAAGUAUAAUGUCGUUGUUUGUAACUAACAUUUCUCUUUAAUGGAAAUAAAGUUGUUAGAUGUUGCUUUCAUAGAAAAGGGCAACUGACAAGGCUUGUGAACUCACUAAGACCUUUUUGAAAACUGAGGUUUGUUUACAAUAUCACUGAUUCUUUGCUGCGUAACCGGUGGCAAACACACUAGAUCACAUUCAGCCUUUUUUAAAAUUGUAAGACGGCAGGAUCUGUGUUUAGAUAGAGAUUAUUUAU